CAUGUGGUCCCGACCGCAACUGUAGCAGAGAAACUUGUGGCAUACGGUACGAUGUUGUCGUCUUGGAAACAAGUCGAUCGAUAUAUAUACAUCUUCCUCGCACAUGCCGCCCCCUCCCUUCUCCCAUUACACCCGCAAGUGGAUCGAGAGCCAUUUCUCUCUUCUCAAGGUCAAGGAUCAAUAUAUAUUGGACAAAGUUUCUCCGGUCGGUCGAUCGAAAAGCUGCGCCGUGUGUGCACUAAUCUGACCAUCUUCUUCGUUCAUGCAUGCGUUGAAGAUCAUCGUUGUUGCCGGCCAUGCUUCGUCCCGAUGAUCGCUUCGCUGAGGAAAUUUCAAGCCCCAUAGCUGCUCAUAUUCUCAACUUCUACGAUGGCGGCCUUGGUGACGACCUCUUCGAAGCGGCGACUACCGCCUCCGGUCCAUUUCAUGCCACCGAUGACGAUGUUUCUUCGUCUACCACUACCACCCCUCCUAUCUGCGGCUACAGCGACGACGCUCCGGCUGCUGCUGGUGCCACGGCCUACUCCCCAUUGCCAUCCUUGGACGCCACUCUCACGGCCCUCCUUGAGCAAGAGCAACACCACGGCCUUGACACCGGGGACCUUCCGCAGAUCAAUGGCCUUUCAGAAGUAGCAUACUACCCAACCGCCACCGAUGAGGCCAGCAUAGGGCAAUUCAACCAGAUGGGGCUUCCGGAUACCUUAGCUGAACAGAUGCUUCCGAUGCAGAUGAACAGCAGUGCAUCCGCCUUGAUGCCACUCACUUCGGACUACGAUGAGUGCUUCACAGCGGCGUUAGCUGAAGGGUUCAUGGGUCUGGAUGGAGCCAUGUAUCAUCCGCAAACUGGAGCAAUUCUUCCAGGCUGCGAUGCAGAAGCAUCACAGCAGGGGUUCUUCAACAGUGCCAGCAGCAAUGGUCUGGUGAUGAUUGGCGAGUACCAGAAGAUGAUGGAGGGUGAAGGACUGACAACAACAUAUGACGACACAGAUUCCAUGAAAGGGGCAUUUAAUACUAAUGCAGAGAUGCAGGUAGGAGGAAAUGAUCAGCACCUGGUAAACGGAUGCAAUGGGAACCCAGAACUAUCAGGAUUGGAAGACUCCACAUUCAAGGUUGUCCGCUUGUCACCCGAAGAGAAGAAGGAAAAGAUCCAUAGGUAUAGAAAGAAACGGAACGAGAGAAAUUUCAACAAAAAAAUAAAGUACGCAUGCAGAAAAACCUUGGCAGAUAGCAGGCCCCGUGUCCGGGGAAGGUUCGCGAAGAAUGAUGAGCUCUGUGAAGCAGCAGCGCAAUCAGGCUCCCUGAAUUAUGGACAUUAUGAACAAACUGACCAUAUGAAAGAAGAAGCCAUGCUGGACACAUCUGACAUUCUUGCGCAUCUAAGUGAAUUAAAUUCCUACAACUACAAGUAUAAAUGCACCAUCGAAUCAUGGAUGUGAUUCUCAAGUCUCAACCACACAAACUAAGACCCAGUGUCUUAAUUCAAGUUGUGCAACAUUGAGCACAGUUUUUUUUCAUUUCCUUUAAAAUAAACUUACAGCAUUAGAAGCUCAAUUUCAGGUCGAGAACUUAGUUCAGCUAAUGUAGAUUUAAUGUAUGUGUGAAUCUGCUCACUUGUUUACCAUUGUCACAAGUGAAUGUGGUAGUUAGUCUCCAGAAGAGUGGUUUGUGUAUAUAACUAUGCCAUUUAUAGAAAUAAAAGUUCUGAGGAUCUC